AUGGAAGAAGUUAUAAAAGAUUCAAUAAAAUGUUUUCCAAAGAAAAGACAACAAAAUGGGAAAGAAGAAACAAAUCAAAGUCAAGAUGAUAACGAGCAAAGAAGUCACGGAGAUCCAGUUCCAACACAUUUAUUAGCACGAACGCAAGCAGAAAAUCAAUUUCGUGAUUAUUAUAUGAAUCGAAUUACUAAAGCUUUUGGUGAAGAUUUAGAUAAAUUGAGAAAGAAGGAAGUAGAUCUUGAUUCCAAUAAAUUAGAGAUAUUAAUUAAUACGUUAGAAUCAGGAAUAAUAAUACAAUCGAGAGGUUUUAUGAAAGGCUACAUAGAUCCUUAUUUUUAUACUACUCCUUCCGAACAAUGGAGCCUUAACACUUUUAUUACAACAUAUAAUGGACAGAGUUUAAAGGAAAUGGCGGAAAAAUUGAUUGAAACUUAUAGAGCGGAUAAGAAAGAAUGUGCAUACUUGAUUGAUAUUCCCGAAGGUAAAUCGGCCAAAACGGCCAUUCUUCGGAACAGGUUUGAACUGUUAAUCGAAUCCGCAAAAUCUGCGAACGCGACUCUUAAUGCAACAUUCACCGAAGCCGAUGCAUCUGUAAGUGGAUACCAAACCUCAGAUCAACAAGUGAUGAGGUCAACGAACUAUGAGACGAAUCCUUUCAAUAUAGAAUUUUCACAGAAACGUAAAUGCGCUUUUGAUACCGAAGAGGAGGAAGAAUCCGAGGAAGAGUAUAACGCAGACAAAACAAUCAUCGGCGGGAGAAAUACCACUUGGGUGGUAGAUGGAAUUAACAUUCGUCAAAGGCUUACAAAGUAUCAGGAGGAAAAAAAUCUUACAAAAUCCAAACCAGAAUAUUACGAUGUGAUCUUUUUUAAUAAUAAAGACCAAGACGGUUUUUUAGGUACAUUGCCGGAAAGCACUAUUAUAAAGAUGAAUAAGGAAAUAAUGGAAGAAAUAAAAGGUGCAGAAGAAGAUGAUAUUAGAUCAUUAUUAUUGAUCGCGAUAUCCACAAAACGAAAGAAAAUCUUAAACAACAAAGAGAACAUAAUGACUCUUUUGAAAAAAAGUUCACGCUAUAUUUUAUUAAUCACAUGGGACAUUCAUUACAAUGGUUUGGCACCAAUAUUGAACAAAAUUUUCAUUAAUAAUAAGAAAGAUUGGCACGUUAAGUACGGGGAGACUUGUCUUAGGGCAAGUGCGGAUGAUCAAAAUUCUCAAAAAGGGGGUGGUCAUCGCCGAUCCCCUAUCGAUACUAUUGUUAUAGUUAAAGAAGAGAACGAAGGAAUUUUCGGUCACAGAGAUCAGUGGACCCCCAGCUCGGAAAGAUUGAUCACAUUUCACGGGGGAUCGAAUGAAAAUAAUCAAGAUGCUGAAGACGCUCAUGAAUAG